GAGCUUCCCUUACCUUUUCAAACUUCUUGGUUUGCUUCCUUUUUGCAUAUCAAAUGGCUCACAACAACAAUUUUGGGCAUUUUGCACUGAAAUUGAUUGGAUUAUUGCUAUUGGUUCAAAGGGUUCAUGGAGUUGAGUUUCAAGUGGGUGGAUCAAAGGGUUUGUGGGGAGUUCCUAAUGCUCACAGCUUUAACCAAUGGGCUGAAUCACAAAGAUUCCAAAUUGGAGACUCCUUAGUGUUCAAUUACCAAGGUGGCCAAGAUUCAGUGCUAUUAGUGAACCAAGAUGACUACAACAAUUGCCACACGGAGUCACCCAUUAAGCACUUCUCUGAUGGCCACACCGUUAUCAAGUUUGAAAAAUCUGGCCCUCAUUACUUCAUAAGUGGUAUCAAGGACAAUUGCCUUAAGAAUGAGAAGUUGGUGGCUAUUGUGUUGGCUGAUAGAACCAAGCAAUACUCUUCUCCACCCCCGGCUCCCGACGCCGGUGAAGGCUCUUCUAAGCCUCCUGAAGCGUCGGUCGAGAUGAACCCGACCCCGUCUCCGAUCUCUGAGGAACCACCAGCUAAUGGUGCGACGUCUUCUACUUCGCCUAUUGUCACCUUCUUGGGGUUGAUUGGAGUGUUUGCUACUUCAAUGGCUCUUGUUUUGUGAUUUUAUGUUGUAAUUUGAUGGUGGGGUUUUAUUUUAUGAUCGGUUUGCAUUA